UUCUAGAGCACCAGUGUCAGUGUCACGUUUCUCUCGGCUCCUUGAACUCCCAACACUCUAGAGAGUCGUGACUCGUAACUGUUGGAUCUGUUUUUCAUUGCUUUGGAAGAACACUGAAUCCUAAUCUCUCAGAGGUAAAACCCUAAGGAUAGAGGAAGAUGGUUUACACCAUCUCCGGAAUUCGAUUUCCUGUUGUUCCUUCUCUGCAUAACUCGAGCUUCCAUGGCGAUCGCAAGACUGCAUCUCUCUCCAUUUUUCUCAAAAAGGACUCAUUCUCUCGGAAAACCCUUGCUAAAAAUUUUUCCCAUGAUUCUGACUCCACAUCUUCCACAAUUGCUGAAUCUGAUAAAGUACUUAUUCCUCAAGAUCAAGAUAACUCUGCAUCCUUGACAGAUCAACUUGAAACUCCUGACAUAACCUCAGAGGAUGCACAGUCUUUUCAGAACUUAGAGGAUUUAACCAUGGAAGACGAGAAUAAGUACAGCAAUGAUGAGGCAGCUAGCAGUUACAGAGAGGUAGAGGAUGGGCAAGGUUCUGCUCUGUCAUCACUUGUAGAUGUUAACACCAAUGCUCAAGCCAAGAAGACACCAGUAUCUAUUGACAGGAAAGUAAAAAUAGCAAAGGAUGAAGUUAAACCUAAGAUCAUUCCCCCACCUGGCACUGGGCAGAAAAUAUAUGAGAUUGAUCCAUCUUUGCAAGCUCACCGUGAACAUCUUGAUUUCCGUUAUGGACAAUACAAAAGAUUGCGUGCGGAAAUUGACAAGUAUGAAGGUGGUCUGGAUGCAUUUUCUCGUGGUUAUGAAAAAUUUGGCUUCACCCGCAGUGCUACAGGCAUUACUUACAGAGAGUGGGCACCUGGAGCUAAGUCAGCAGCAUUAAUUGGAGACUUCAACAAUUGGAAUCCAAAUGCAGAUGUCAUGACCCGGAAUGAGUUUGGUGUGUGGGAGAUCUUCUUGCCGAACAAUGUGGAUGGUUCACCACCAAUUCCUCAUGGUUCUCGAGUCAAGAUUCGUAUGGAUACUCCUUCUGGAAUCAAGGACUCAAUUCCUGCUUGGAUCAAGUUCUCUGUACAGGCUCCUGGUGAAAUUCCAUACAAUGGAAUAUACUAUGAUCCACCAGAAGAGGAAAAAUAUGUCUUCAAACAUCCACAGCCAAAGAGACCAAAAUCACUUAGAAUAUAUGAGUCACACGUCGGAAUGAGUAGUCCGGAGCCAAAAAUCAACACAUAUACCAAUUUUAGAGAUGAUGUACUACCUCGGAUUAAAAGGCUUGGCUAUAAUGCUGUCCAGAUUAUGGCUAUCCAAGAGCAUUCUUAUUAUGCUAGCUUUGGGUAUCAUGUUACAAAUUUCUUUGCACCUAGCAGCCGGUUUGGAACUCCUGAUGAACUUAAGUCUCUAAUAGACAGAGCCCAUGAGCUAGGUCUGCUUGUUUUGAUGGAUAUUGUACACAGCCAUGCAUCAAACAAUACAUUGGAUGGGCUGAACAUGUUUGAUGGAACUGAUGGUCAUUACUUCCAUCCUGGGUCACGGGGUUAUCAUUGGAUGUGGGAUUCUCGCCUUUUUAACUAUGGAAGCUGGGAAGUUCUAAGGUAUCUACUUUCAAAUGCAAGAUGGUGGCUGGAUGAGUACAAAUUUGAUGGGUUUCGAUUUGAUGGUGUCACAUCAAUGAUGUACACUCAUCAUGGACUGGCGGUAGCUUUUACUGGAAAUUACAGCGAGUAUUUUGGUUUUGCUACUGAUGUCGAUGCUGUGGUUUACCUGAUGCUGGUUAAUGAUGUCAUUCAUGGGCUCUUUCCCGAGUCUGUUGCAAUUGGUGAAGAUGUCAGUGGAAUGCCGACAUUCUGCCUUCCUACACAAGAUGGUGGGGUUGGCUUUGAUUAUCGUCUGCAGAUGGCUAUUGCAGACAAGUGGAUUGAGCUUCUCAAGAAGAAAGAUGAAGACUGGAGAAUGGGUGAUAUAGUCCACACACUAACUAACAGAAGGUGGCUGGAAAAGUGUGUGUCUUAUGCUGAAAGUCAUGACCAAGCCUUGGUUGGUGAUAAAACAAUUGCAUUUUGGUUGAUGGACAAGGAUAUGUAUGACUUCAUGGCUUUAGACAGACCAUCUACUCCUCUUAUUGAUCGUGGUAUAGCAUUACACAAAAUGAUUAGGCUUAUUACCAUGGGCCUUGGUGGUGAAGGGUAUUUGAAUUUUAUGGGGAAUGAAUUUGGCCAUCCUGAGUGGAUUGAUUUUCCAAGGGGUGAUCAACAUCUUCCUAAUGGCACAGUAGUUCCCGGGAAUAAAUUCAGUUAUGAUAAAUGCAGGCGUAGAUUUGACUUGGGGGAUGCAGAGUUUCUAAGAUAUAGGGGGAUGCAAGAAUUUGAUCAAGCCAUGCAGCAUCUAGAAGAAAGGUUUGGUUUCAUGACUUCUGAGCACCAAUAUAUUUCACGGAAAAAUGAAGGUGACAAAAUUAUAGUCUUCGAAAGGGGCAACCUCGUCUUUGUCUUCAAUUUUCAUUGGAGCAACAGCUAUUCAGAUUACAGAAUUGGCUGCUCAACCCCGGGGAAAUACAAGAUUGUCUUGGAUUCAGAUGAUGACUUGUUUGGCGGCUUCAGUAGACUCAGUCACACUGCUGAGUACUUCACCGCUGAAGGAUGGUAUGAUGACCGGCCUCGAUCCUUUCUCGUGUAUGCCCCUUCUAGAACAGCAGUGGUGUAUGCCCUUGCAGAUGAAGUUGAACCAGAGCCAGUUGAAGCCUAAUGACAAGUUUCUGGUAUAAUUGUGACAAGUGCGCAAUGGCAUGGAUGCAGUAACUCCCUAGUCAAACUAGCCAACCAACGUCCUGUGGUUUUAACAGGCACUUAAACAGCAGAGCAGAAUUAAAGUGGAAUGUGUGGAGCGCUAGUUAAUCUUUACUGAGGCAGCAUACUAACGUCGAAAUUUUGUACAUGUGCCUUGCUAGGUAAGUUAUGUAUAGCACACCAAGCUUUCUGUUUUUACAUUUGAAGGUUUAACGUUUUGACAUGCACAAUUCUCAUCGCGUUUGAGGAAUGUGAAUCAAUAAAACUACGGUCCACGGACCUAGAAUCACUGUACCUAUGCACCAUCAAUCUUCGUAAGUGCAUGGUAUAAAUAAAUUAAGAUUUAGAAGUUUCCGAUGGGCUUUACCCUGGGAAAUUAUGCGGGAGGCUUCGAUAGAUGUAUUAUUUAAAUUUAUAAGUUGAGUUUGUAGCAAUACGAAAGUAUAUUUUUA